AUGGUCAAAGUCGCUGUUUUGGGUGCCUCGGGGCAGAUUGGACAACCCUUGAGUCUCCUACUCAAAUCGUCACUUCUUGUGACAGAUCUCAGACUUUACGAUGUUGUUCACGCUGUGGGCGUGGCUACGGAUCUGAACCAUAUUGAUACUCCUUCAGUCGUUAAGGGUUACCUCCCCGAGAAUGAUGGUCUUCAAAAGGCUCUUAGCGGAGCGGAAGUCGUACUGAUCUCUGCUGACUUGUUCAAGACCAACGCCGGCAUCAUUGCAGACUUGGCUGCUGGAGUUGCCCAGUUCUGCCCUAAGGCAUUGGUUGCAAUUAUCACCAAUCCAGUCAACAGCACUGUCCCCAUUGCCGCCGAAGUGUUGAAGAAGCACGGAGUUUUUGAUCCCAAGCGCUUGUUUGGCGUCACGACACUGGAUGUCGUGCGCGGAUCCAAGUUUGUUGCUGAUGUCCUUGGCAAUAUCAGCCCACAGGAUCUCAAGGUACCUGUUGUUGGCGGGCAUUCCGGAGCAACAAUCUUGCCGUUGAUUAGCCAAUCCCAGCCCCCAGUACAGCUAACCCAAGAGCAAAUUGAGGCUAUCACAAAUAGAGUCCAAUUCGGCGGAGACGAAAUUGUCAAAGCCAAGGCCGGUGCUGGGUCUGCGACAACAUGCAUGGCGUACGCUGGUUUCCGCUUUGCUCAAGCCAUUAUCAAGGCAUCUCAAGGCCAAAGUGGUAUCGUGGAACCUGCCUAUGUCUACCUCCCUGGGUUGCAAGGAGGUGAGGCUGUUGCCCACGAGCUUGGAGUGAGCUACUUUGCUGUCCCGGUAACCUUCGGGCCCGGCGGUGCCGAGACCGCGCAUCCCAUUGGAUCUUUGUCUGAUUAUGAAAAGGGUCUCUUGCAGGUGGCCAUCGAUGAACUGGGAGGAAACAUCAAUAAGGGGGAGGCCUUCAUACAGUCACGGGCGUAG